GAGCAUCCUCUUCAUGAGACUGUCCUACAACAACAGAGUGUCUUCAGUCAGAGGCUUCUUCAGAUCUGUUGUAAGACGGAGCGCUACAGGAGAUCCUUCCUGCUCACAGCCAUCAGCAUCUAUUAACAGAUAUUAACAGAUCCAGUGUGACGACUGUUUGUGAUGGCUCCAGGCCCAGUGCCUGGAGCCAUCACAAACAGCACAGAAAAUGACAAAGAUGGCAAAGAAAGGAUGGAAAUGCAAGAAGCCUACUUUGAAUACCUGCGAACUAUCAACUACAUAUCACAUGUUCUUUUGCAACAAGAGAAGAAGGAGAUGGUGGAAGUGGAGCGGAUGUUGAGGCUAGCUGAGCAGUGUCUGGAGCGAGCCAAGUCCUUUUUAGGAAAGCACUCUGACCCUGCUGACCUCCCCACCUCCCCCUAUUCUUCUUCCUUAGUGGACCAAUCAGAGCCUGUUCAGACUGAGGUCUGCCUUGCAGCUGUACACACUGCCUCUGCUGCCGAUAGUCAUAUUGAUGUGCCGCACAGAGCAGACAGCCCAACCAAGUCUGGUCACCGCAGAGUUUUGUCAGAUGGUGGCGGAGAACUCUCCCCUUUUCCUCCUCCUGAUGUUUUCCAGAGAUUACAAACUGUGGCCUCCCCAGACUUGUGCAAAAAGGAGCUCACACCAGUUGAGGAGGCAUCACGUUUGAACCAGAAGCUGAAAGCCACUUUUGAAGCCCGUGUGGCCAGGCUCACUCCUGGUCAAGCCUACCAGAAGACUUCUUUGAUAAGGAAAAUGUUUCGGCCCGAAGAGGAGCUCCGGCCGUACUGGAAGAAACUGAAGGCGUUUGUGAAGACACUUUCUCUGCAGCGACAUAUGAUGGAGAACCUCAUCAUAGCCAAAGCCAGACAGGAUGCUCUCCAGAGGAAGGUGGAGGAAAGGAGACUACGGCUUCAGGAAGAAGCUAACAGGAGGUUGGUUGCAUUUGGGGCAUUGACUGCAGAUGAGCAAGAGCAGCGCCUUCUCUAUGCCAAUGUACUUGAAUAUGAGCAGGACCAUGAUUGGCCCAAACAGUGGAGAGCCAGCAUAAAGAAGAAUCCUGAUUCCUCGUUGGUGUUAGACCUGGUCUCCUACCUGCUCAGCCGAUCUGACCACCCAGUGGUGAAGCUGCUGAAGAAACAUCAGUACAGAAUUUACAACAAGCUUUACCCCAUCGUGAGUAAAAGCCUUCCUCAGAGUCCCGCCUUGUUGCUGAGACCUUCACGCAGCGUUCACAAUCUGCUUCACCCAGAGUGUCACGGGAAGCCAAUCAGAACCGCCAGUGAUGGUUUCGGUGGCCACAGCUUCAGCACCGAUGCCUCGUUCUCCCCCUCACGGUCUCAUGACCUCCACACCAAGUAUGAUGAUGAGGACGAUGUGGAUGCAGCGGUGACAGUGGACCAGGAUAACUCAUUUGAAGAUCUGGAACAGUUUAUGUCCCAGUUGGACUGGACCCCUCCUGUCAGCAGCAUGAAUGACAGCAGCCUGGAUACGGAGGUGACCUGUGAUCCCUCGAUGGAGCUGGAUGGGAGCCACAUGGAGGAGCUGGAGCUGAGAACACUUAAAGAACAUUUGAAAGCCAUUGUCAAAGACAUUCAUAUAGCAGUUGAUCAACUCCUCUCACUGUGUUUGCUGUCGUUUGACUGUUUAAACACGGCAACUUUUAAGGACUUGUGUCUUUGCAGUAUAGAGGACACCUUUUUUACGCCUCUGUGGAGCGCCCUGGUGGCUCUUUUUAGGAGAGUCCACAGAGAGAGAGAGCAGCUUUUUGAGAAGAACAUGAGGCGGUUCUGCAGCGUCUCUCCAGCAGAUGUCGGUAUUCCCCUGAAACUGUUUCCCCAGGACUCUGGUGUUCUUAAAGAUUCCUAUCCGUAUGAAUCUGCUGUUCAUGAACUUAAGCUUCUCGUUCAUAACCGUAGUCCGCAGAGGAAGCUGGAGUGUAUCGUUCGGACGUUACGCCUGAUCUGUGCUUGUGCUGAAGAAUACAAGUGUCUUCAAGGAGACGAUCCUACACCCAAAACAGAAGCCAUCGGUGCAGAUGACUUGUUGCCCAUCUUGUCCUUUGUGGCUCUGCGCUGUCAGUGUCCCCAGCUGGUGUCAGAGUGUGCUGCUUUGGAGGAGUUCAUUCAUGAGAACUAUUUGAUUGGAGAGGAAGGCUACUGUCUCACCUCCCUGCAGAGUGCACUGGCCUAUGUUGAGUCUCUGCAAGCAGCAGUUAACCUUCAGUGAAAAAGGCUGCUGCUCAUCCUCCACAUGCUUCAUGGCAAUCUUCAUGCUGUUUAACAGAGAAACGGCGGCUGGUGCUGCAGCUUUCUGCACGUUGUCCACCUUGCACCUAACUAGAGGACUUCCCUUUGCUCUGUUUCUGAGCAGUUUGAAGCAGUGCCUCCAAGUCAUUUCCUAACAAAGUCAGAUGCAUCAGACACUAAAACCAGCCUGGUUGGAGCUCCAGCAGGACUUUAACUGGUCUCUCUUGCUGUUCUUUUACUUGCUCACUGCUUUUAAGUGCAACACAUUUGAAUUGUUCCUCUGUCUGUAAACAUGACCAGUUCUGUGCAUGUUUAAGCCCUCUGCACUGACAGGAAGCUUCAGUUUCAAUCAACCAAAUGAAACACAUUAUAAACAGCUGAACAUUAAGACAUCUCUAAUGAAUGCUUGAGCCUCAUUGAAAGGAUUUCGCUGCUUCCUAACAUAUUUAACAUUAAUUCCAGCUGUCUGUCACUUUAAUGUCAUGUUGAGCUGUCAGAGUUCAGGAGAAAUAAAGACAAACUUUAAGGGAAUAUAGAGAUAGGAGCGUCAUUGAAAUACUGCUGCAGUUUUUCUCUUAUGUGCGAAAAGAAGGUCAAACUAAAGGAAAUCUGAUAAUACGGAGAGGACGCUGCAUGGACACCAAACUCUCUCUGAUUCAUUCUAGUUGGACCAUGGUGGGGUUGAUGGUUGGAGGUGGAUGUGAUGUGAGGCUCUGGAGGAACUCUGGGAUGAUCUUCAUGGUUCCUGUGUUUGUAUCAAACAGCAGGUUGGGUGGAGCUGCUGCACCCACUGAGCUCCACACAGAGUGACUGCAGCUGCAGGUCACUUGCAUUUUUGAUACUUGCAACAGUUUAUGAAUUUGGUUAUUGCUUAUUUGUGCACAUACAGUUUUUAUUUUUUAUGUUGAAUAUUUUUUUCUACAGUUUAUAUGCAGUUGAGCUCAUCAGAACUUGAAGCGUUUUUCAUGUAAUCGACGGGGGCGAUGUCUUAAAAAGGGCGGCCAUCUUGCUGUUUUUUUAUGCUCCUCUCUGACAAGUAGUUUUAAAUGCACACAUACACUGGAUUAUACAUCUCAAAGGUUUUAUUCUCAUUUGUUUAUUGAGCAUUUUAUUUUAAGUCUAAAAAUCAUUUCCAGUCCAAAGAGCAGAAACCUGCUUUAGUUUUGGGUCAGAGGUGCAGAACAGACUUAAACGUAUAGUUAGUUUUUCACCAGCACCAACAUUAGCAAAGUGGUGGAACUGGGAGGAUCUGGUGGUUCCAGUAUUUUAAUAUUAACUCUCCAGCUUACACUCAAACUGCUCCGUUGACAUUUUAUUUCAGUUGGCAUGUGUAGUUUUCAUGGUUUAUAUGGAUCCAAGGAUGUAAAAAGAUUAAAAAAUAUUUUGAGUAAUGCAUGUCUUACAUGUUGUGACAUCAACAUAUUCAGAUGUUAUUUGUUAUGGAGAAGAACUGGUAAAAACCGAUGUGGUUUCAGCCACGAUGUUUUUACUUUGCUUUUGGAAACCAACACUUUAAUGUUAAAUUGUACAAUGAUUGUUUAAAAAUUAUAAAUGUAUGUUUGUGAGAAGAGUUAAUAAAGAAGAUAAAAUGUUUAAAUUUUGUGUUCAAAGAAUGAGGUCAGCUGACUACCUGAAUAAACUGAAUGAUCAGAUUAUUCCA